AUGGCUUUCUUCCGGCCAGAUCUUGGCAAGAGGGGCCACAAGGAAAAACAAAUCGAUCUGCCGAACCCUUCCUACCUCUUUCAUGGUCUUGCUGCUGGCAUAGCUCGCUCCUGGCCGCGCCGGUGGCGUUACAGACUCUUCCUGCACCGAGCCAGUUUUCAGGCUGAGACCAUUCUUUUGCGGCUGUUGCACGCCCACGUCCGUGUCCGACUCCGAGAGCAGCUUCGUCAACUAUGGGCUCGAGAGAUCCUUUGCCGUCGUGCAGCUGAAGCUGGUGUUUCGGAAGGCUUCCACAAACGUGCUCUCAUUGGCCCGCUGGAACCUCUCAUUGUCCCAGCUUGGACCUGGUAUGAGCCUUUGAUGUUUUCCAGGUUCCUUGGCUCCAAGCGGCGAAAGCUUCUUGCAGGUAAUCCUUUAGUGCAGUUCGAAGCCUCUGCAGAUCGCAAAGUCAUCUUGGCAGUGGACGGGUGUGCCAAGUUGCAUCGGCGUAUCUAUCUCUUGGCUGUUCCUGAGUCUGGGCUGAUCUUCGACACUCUAGAAAUCAUCGGACGACCUGCUUGCCCGGCUUGCAGUCUCCCAACUGAAAUUGCCGAGUCCGUGAGUGCGGAAUUCAGCCCCUUGGGCCAUUGCUUCCACCACUACAGCCCUUGGUUGUCGCAGCUUGUCAUGCAAGAAUGUGCUGACGUGCAAAACCUGACCAGGCUACAAGAGCUUGGCGACAAGAGGCAAUACAUUCCACACAACGCAAUCCAGCCGAAAAACACAGGCUAUGCCACGACCAUGCCCUUCCUAGGGUCAAUGCCCGCUUUGAGCCAUGGAGCUAGCAUCAGACUGUGGUCGCAGAAACCAUCUCCUUUAGGUUUGAUGGUCCUCCUCAUGGUACCCGUGCAAACCAAAAGCAUGUGCCUGCAAAGUUUCACAAUGACCGAAGUCUUUUACAGGUGCAGCGUUGAUUUUCCACAGGUUGAGAUCCACAGCGGGGGCAGCAAGAAGGACAAGACUGCCCUACGCCUUUGCUUUGGCCAAGCUUUCAACUUGGAUGAGGCCUAUGAGUUCUUAGAGAACCUAUCUUUGCUGGGCUCCAGAAGUGACAAAGGUAAGGAUUCUUCAGCCAACGCCCACACAAGCACACUCAAUACCUUGCUUGCCCGCGGCAAGACCAAAAGAGCCAUGAGGACGCCCACAUCGUAUGAGGCUUCCAGAACACAGCACAUAAGCCUCUCUCUUCUCGGCAACGGGCAUCCAUCCAAGCUCAUAUCGAUGGAGCGCAACUUGGAGGGCCAGCAUGCAGCAGCCACAAAGGAGUGUUUCUUGCUUUGUGUGGAUGUGAGCGUGCCGCGGCAUGAAACUUUAUGGCGAGUUCGAGAUCAAACAGAACACGUCCAAGCCGGUGCCCGGAGGGUCUGCAAGUACUUCGCCAAGCGGCCGCACAACGUCCUGGAUUUGACCGAUCAAGCGCAGCAACCAAGUGGCGCAUUUAUCCGGGCUACUGGCAAGGAUGGCCAAUCUUCCAUGGGAGCCUUACAUGCCAAUGCCGCCCAUCAGCAGGGCAUCCUGAGCGCAGCAGUCGCCAUUUUGGAAAUGGCUGCCGGAAGCGGCUCCUUUGACGAACAGGGGCAAUUGCAAGUCACAGAGGAUCACGUGCAGGCGGCAGUGGCGGUGACCAGCUUGCUUGAACUUGCGGCCCCUUGUGAAUCCCCAUUGCCAUGUCACACAGGACUUGGAAGGCCAGCUUUGUUGGCCAAUCAGUGGACCAAAGGCCAGCUUGUUGGCCAGUUCAAAUGUCAUUCCUCAGUAACCAUUGCCAUGCUCUGCUGUCUGUUCUUUUUUGCGCAGGUUGCGGCAAGGAUGGUCGAGCUAAGCUUGGAGAUUCGGGAGGUGUUGCGCGGCCCUGUGGAUGCCGCCAUUGCCCCAACUUCCGAUUCUGAAGGUGAACAGUUCAAGCCUGUGCAAGUUCCAGCUCCGCAGAAGCGCUUUGCGCCUCCUGUAGCAACUCAAGAACAGGAUGCCUCGCAGCCCACCAAGGGAGAGAGACUUGAAGAUGAAGACCACGUUCCUGUUUCAGUUCCUGAAUGUUGCUCCCAGCACGUUCAACAGCAAGGGCCAGCGAAAACGGAGCCCCAAAACCCUUUGCAUUUCCUUGAUCUUGAGCCGGCAGAUGCCUUCUUUUCCAGGGGCUUAGGGGAAAAUGGUGUCAUGAUUUUGCCAGGCGACAUGCAGGACAGAUCCCUCAUGCGCAAGUUGCUUCUGCUUGGACGCAGUGAGCUGACACUUGCAAAGGCGGUGGACAUCUACCACGUGACCGAAAUCAAAAAUGGAAAGCGUCGGAAGUUGCGACCUCCCCAAGCCAAAGUCUUGCAAGUCUUUCAGACGGUUUUCUCUCUAUACCCUCGGUUUGGGCAAGUCAAUCUUUCCACACGCCGUGGCUCUGAGAUGCUGUACCACAAUGAGGCAAUGAGAUGCUGUCGGGUGUCCAUCCGCGAGAUCUCGAAAAGGCGGGCUUUGUGGCAUGACCGCGACGCUGGAAGAGACGAUCUAGGGGACGAUGCCCCUCAAGGAGUUGAAGGGGAGGAACCUGAAGCGGAGGAAGUUGCAGUGGUAACUCCGCAGCCUGCCACACCACCCUGCGGCCGACGCUGA